AGACAUGUCAACCACAUGAAAGCAGGAAACAAAACAGGAAUUUUAGAGUUCAUCCUCCUUGGGCUCUCAGAGGACCCAAAACUGCAGCCCCUUAUAUUUGGGCUCUUCCUGUCUAUGUACCUGGCCACCCUGCUUGGGAACCUGCUCAUUGUCCUAAUCAUCAGCUCUGACUCCCACCUCCAGACGCCCAUGUACUUCUUCCUGUCCAACCUGUCCUUGAUUGACAUCUGCUUCAGUACCACCAUAGUCCCCAAUAUGCUGGUGAACAUCCAGACACAGAGCAAAGCCAUCUCCUACGUGAACUGCCUCACUCAGGUGUAUUUUUCCAUGCUCUUUCCUAUCCUGGACACUAUCCUCCUGACUGUAAUGGCCUAUGAUCGGUAUGUGGCCAUCUGUCAGCCCCUGCACUACACAGUCAUCAUGAAGCCUCAUCUCUGUGGCCUGCUAGUUUUUAUUACUUGGCUCAUUGGUGUCAUGACAUCCCUCCUCCAUAUGUCUCUGAUGAUGCAUCUGAGUUUCUGUAGAGAUCUUGAAAUUCCACAUUUCUUCUGUGAACUUUCACAGAUCAUCAAGUUGGCCUGCUCUGACACCUCCCUGAAUACCAUAUUAGUAUAUGUUAUGACUUGUGUGCUCGGUGUACUCCCCCUUUUGGGGAUCCUUUUCUCGUACUCAAGAAUUACUUCAUCAAUAAGGAAGAUGUCCUCAUCGGGGGGAAAGCAAAAAGCAUUUUCCACUUGUGGGUCUCAUCUCUCAGUCGUUUCUUUAUUUUAUGUGACAGGCAUUGGGGUCUACUUCACUUCUACAGUGACUCACUCUUCCCAGAAAGUUUCAGUGGCUUCUGUGAUGUAUACCGUGGUCACCCCCAUGCUGAAUCCUUUCAUCUACAGCCUGAGGAACAAGGAUGUGAAGGGGGCCCUGGGAAGGCACGUCAGCAGAGCAGCCUCUUACCUGCGAUAG